GCCCCGCCCGCCCGCGCCGUGGCUCAGUGCCGUGGCCGGAGAGCGGGUGGUGGUGGCAGUGGUGCCGGCGGAGGAGCGGUGCCGGCGGUGCUCGGGGCCUCGGCCAGCCGGGUCACUCCUGCGGCACGGCACAGCGCGGCACCGGAGCCCCGCGAGCGGCAGCGACGCGGGAUGAUGCCCUCAGGAGCACGGGGAGUGGAGCCCCAGCCGGGAGAAGUCACUGUAAUGCUCUAAAGGUGUCGUAAAUAGCAGAGAAAGCUGCUGCCGUUCUCCUGCCAGGGACCCGCGGACGGAGAAUCCUCUUUCCAGGCGUGGACUUUGUCGGGAAGAGGCCGGGAACGCUGAGGCUGGGAAUGGAGUGCAUAGUUUGGAUGUCAGCAGUGGGACAUCUUACCAAAACAAAGCAUCCAUGGGACCAUUGCCUAAUCAAUGACUUCUAAGUGCAGAGCUGUUAGAUUGGAAACAAGUGCUACAAGAUGCCAAGUGAGGUGCUUGAGAGCAGCAGUGGGAUGGAGGAGACUGUGCAGAAGGAGAGCAAAUCUGGAAGCCAGAGCCCUCACCAUGGCUCCGUGAGAAGGGCUGUGGCAACCACUGUCACCUUUGAUGGGGAAGCCACUAUGGACCGGAGGAAAAAGAAGAAGAAAGAGUCCCGUCCCGAGUCAAUAAUAGUGUAUCGGUCAGACAAUGAGAAUAAGGUGGAAGAAGAACAGGCAGAUGAAGAAGGAGGAGAAAGGAGCUCUGAGGAAGGCUCCAAGUUCCUGGGUCAAUCCAUGGCAGAUGGUGCCUGGAACAUGCCUUUAGACAGCCGAUAUGUCACCUUGACUGGGACAAUCACCAGGGGAAAGAAGAAGGGUCAGAUGGUGGACAUCCAUGUCACACUAACGGACAAAGAGCUGCAGGAACUGGCUAAGUCAAAGGAACCUCCUAAAGAGGAUGUGCUUGAGAAGAAGAAGAAAUGUGAUGUUGGGCUGGACAGAGGACCCCACAUUGUCCUCUGGACCAUCAUCUGCCUCCCCAUCAUUUUUGUAGUGUCCUUCGUGGUUUCAUUCUACUAUGGAACCAUUACAUGGUACAACAUCUUCUUGGUGUACAACGAAGAGAGGACCUUCUGGCACAAAAUUACUUUUUGUCCCUUUUUGAUCAUCUUCUACCCAAUUAUAAUUAUGGUUGUGUCUUUUUCCCUAGGCCUGUACUCAGCUGUGGUCCAGGUAGCAUGGUCCUUUGGGUACUGGUGGCAUGCUGUCAGGGAUAUGGAGAAAGGCUUCUGUGGCUGGCUCUGCAGCAAGCUGGGUUUGGAAGAUUGUUCUCCAUACAGCAUUGUUGAGCUGCUAGAUUCUGACAAUAUCUCAGGUAGUCUCUCUGGCAAGAGCUCUGCGCAGGGGGUUGAGACCUCGGCAGUAUGAGCCUUUGUCCUGGCUGACUAUUUUGGUCAUAUGUGAGUGGUUUUCACCUAGAAAAUAACACGCUGGGUUUUUUUUUUUAAUAUAUAUAUAUAUAUAUAUAUAAACACAAACUUAAUGAAUAAAAUAUUGGGCUGGGAGUGCUCUUUAAAUAUCACAGAAUGCAAGUGUGUUAGCUUCACAUGGUCUGGGUGGGGAGGUGCAUGGCUCUCCAAGGAUUUGUCGUCUUGUUUUAGCUAAUUACAACUUCUGGGAAUGGUGAGAAAAUCCAGGUCCGUGGGGCUUGAGCUCUUUGUGGGGUGGCAGAGAUAUAUGCUGAAAAGUCCACUUCUGUAAAGUUAGACUUUAGGGAAUGGGACAUAACAGUGACCUGUCGACUCAGUGAAAAGAAGUCUCUACUACGGUAUGACCUUCAGGAGCUAAGAAAUCAUUCAGAGGUGAAGGCUAAAUCGCAAAAUGCGAUGUUCCUGUGGCUUUCCUAGAAAGGGUCCUUUUCCAGUCCUUCCGACAAGUGCAGCAAACCUUCCAGGUAGGCUAACAGCUUAGACACUGUCAGAGUUUGAAAAAUAGACCUCUACAAAAAGUUAUGCCCAGCUUUUCACUGGGAGAGGACAGCAUAGCCUCUGACAAAGACAUGUGAGCUCUAUGCUGACCUGAAAUGCACCCAUCACAUGAUGGAAGAGCAGGGCAUGCCCUGUAAUGCGGUGUGUAGGGACCUGAUGGGCCUGUCACCAAGCACCUUCAGGAGACAGAAGGUGCACAGAUAGGUGCUUAGGACACACUUGCAUUUGGUGUCUUGAUAGGUGCACUGCUGGGAAGGAAUGGGCAGCAGGAGUCGUACGCAGUGUGCAGUGCAAACUGUUGCAUUAUAAGGAAGAAACUUCUGCUCUGAGGAAAGGUGAUCAGUUUGCAUGUCACUGCAAUGCAAGUGUGGACUGGCAGCACCUGUACUUGGGGGAGUGGAGUGGAAGGUGCUCAGGAUGGGAAGGUCUCACUGAGAGAGUCAUUCUGGUUUUCAAGUUGCUCUUACGGAAGAGCUGCUGGACCUUCCCUUUCAGAACAGGGGUGUCCUGAGCCCAUGUCUGCUAGUGCCAGUGCAAACUGCAUUAGUGCCUCAGCUCUGGAAAUCUGCAUCCCACACACACUUCCUGGUUUAAUUAUAUGGAAGAGCAAUGGAUUAUACAUCCUCCUCCCCUUAUGUCUCAUUUUCAUAAGUGGUUUCCCUCCUUUUGGGAUUUUUGGCUCCCAGACCAGGCUGAGGUGGCCGUAUUAGGCUGAAUAAAUUUAAAUUGUAUCUUUAAAACAAUGACUAGCAGAGUUCUUUUUCUGGAUUGACUAUUGGGGUUUUGGCCUAAGGAGGACACAAGGAAAAUAAGAGAGAGGUAUAACAGACUCUAACGGAGACUGAUUUACAUGUCUGAAACAUGAUCAAUUUUCUGAGUGCUCUAGUUCAGCUGGUGCUGCUAGAAAGUCUGGCUCAGCCCCAACCCAGAGGAGCCCACCAUUUGCAUGCGUGUAGGUAGAUAAUUUGUAGUGUGCAGUCAGGCAGGCUGCACAGUCACUCAUGUCCGUAUAGGUGUUUCACUUCCCCAGUCUCCCUACCAGAGGGGGAGCUGCUGUAGUUCUAGCAUAGUAAAGAGAAGCAUUCAGAAGCUGGAUUUCACAGGAAAUAAUGCUUCAUGUGGCACUUCAAGGAUGAGGUCAAAACUACACUGACUGGCUGUCCUAGUUAGGACAUCUGGGAAGCCGUGAGAAAGAAAUAAAGUCCCUGCUGCAUCCUUGGUCCAUCCCCUUCUGGGAGAUCCAGCCAAAGGAGCCUCUUAGUGCUGGCUUGAGGAUUAACGGUGUGAAUAAUGUACAAGCCAAAUAUCAAGAGCAGGUUUGGCCCCACAGUUUACAGGUACAGCCAGGCUGUGUUUGUUGCUUCCUGAUGCGCAGCUUUUAUUUUUACUGGUCAAGUCUUUAAAGGCAAUGACUAACUUCCAGCAAAAAUAAAUAAAUAAAUAAAUAGACCCCAACCUGUGAGGCAAUGGCAGGUGAUUCAGAGGGGUUCAAAGAGGCUGACAUGCCUGGCACCAGUUCAAGCAGUGAAAUGCCUUUCACAGGGCUUUUUCAAUCGGGGAGCUUGAUAUGCCUCUGAAUUAAUGGAGAAGCUGAGGACAAGUCAUGCCAGUGCUGGCAGUCUGUAGUGACCCAGCGCAGCCACUCUACUUAAUACUCCUCCACAUGGAAAUCGCAGGCUCACAUAGCUGGAGGGUGGGAAGAAAUGAUGCUUAUCAAGCAUUAAUGGGAAGGAAGGCCCCUGGCAACUGUUCUCACACUUUGCCUAGAGGGACGCUGCUGGCGUGAAAGGAGUGGAUUGUGUAUCUUGGCCCCAACAUGGAGCAAACAAGCGGGUUUGGGGAAAGGAUGGCUGGCAAGUGUGCAUUGCUGCAGAGAGAGAAAACCCAAUUCAGCUGUCACCGCCAAACAGCAGCUGUUCAAGGCUGGACGAAAGGCUGGGGUCAGUAGCACAAAGAGCCUUCAGCUUACAGAGGGCUCAAAUGACGAAUACUAGCUCAUUACAGAAUACAGCCAUGUGAAAUGUCUGCUGAGCUGCAGGAUUUGCUUUCAGGAUUGCAAACGGCCUGCCAGAGUGGAGACAAAACCAAAUCUGUGCCUCUUACUGCUAUGUAGACACAAAGGAGUGUCAGAGAAGGCGUAGUAUGCUCCCUCUGCCAUGGCAGCUAUGCUUCUGGGUUUGGAGGCCACCUUUUUGGGGAUAUACUGGAACAAUCCAUCAUAUGUUUUCUACUUCUUUAGACUUAACCAAGCUUGCCUCUGCUCCUGCCAAAGUCAGGGUGUUCUGCCAUUGAUUUUGGUGGGGGCUAGUUUAAGCUUGGGGUUAAUUCUGGUGCUAUUUGUAAAAGUUUUAUUCAAACUUUUCUCAAAACAACUCUGGAUAGCUUUCUCUCUUGCCCGUUAUCUCCCGGAGCGGUUUGCCUGCUGCAAAAUAUAUAAUCAUUAUCAAUUGUUGUAACAGAAAAAAAGCACAAUUUCUGUCUUGUUCUACCCUUGCUUUCAGAAACUCACAAGUAAUUUCUGCUUACGUGACACUGUUAAACUGCAGGGAAUUCCAGUUAUUCUGAUUGUUGAGUGUGUUUCUGGCUGCUCUAGUCUGGAUUUUUUUUUUUUAAGACAGUGUGUGUUUGCUGAUUGUUAUUUUUAAUUGCAUUCCCUUUUCCCAUCCUUGCUGGCCUGGGUGGAGAAUAAAGAUGUA